CCAACGGCUCUUAAUGGUUGACAGGAUGAAACAUUGCACGAAGCUGACGAGAUAAUUCUUUCUACGAGACUCGCUUCGCCGCGUUAUCACGCGCCAAUGGACGUUGAAAAUCCAAAGACACUGGGUCACAAGUGUCUAAAUUGAGGACGAUGAACGUCCUUUCUUCCUUUGCGCCCGCCUCCAGCUUCCAGAUUGGCAUCCGAGCCUUCUCUCGACGUCGACGUCACCCCGAACGACUCCUUUGCGGCGCGGCGAUUCGAACAUUUUCGAGGACGACGGGAAAUAUCCUCUCGCAAUCAUGCUAUGAAUAUUCUCUUUUUGGGGCUUCCAGCCCGACAAGGAGGCUGAAAGAUUCUAAAUUACGAUGCUAUAAGCUAUGGCCUCGAACCCAAACUCGAACUCUGGGCAAACUCAUGCAACCCGGAAAGUACACGUUUCGCGCCAUUUUGCAUUACACGGAUCUACAUGAUACCUACGAGGACGCUGACGGACUGGAAUUCCGGAAAGAAGACCUCAGCCAGCGCGAAGUAAAUGCCAUUUUUGGACCGCAUAUCUCGGCGCGGGACGCAAACAGGCUCUUAAAGAUCAUACAUGGCCGGCGAGUAGCUGGUUCUCUAGACGACCCCGACCUUCAACAAAACACGUCUCACUACAGUACCGCCGACAAGAUCAAGGCUUUGGAAUAUUUGCGCAAAAAUAUCCCAGUCGAUGAGGUCAUCAACGCUGGUCUACGAGCUGAAGAUGAGCUUCGUCUCAUCGAGGAACAGGAGAAUGAGCUACAAGAUGCCGAGGAACAGUUCGAGGAGACCAGCUCGCAAACGUUGCCUGCUGAACCAGAGCCCAAGCUGGAGCCCGAACCCGAGCCGACCACGCCACAAACGCCGUUUUCUGAGACUAAGUCUGAACCAGAGCCGGAAAUAGCGACAGCACCUGGAAAGCUGCCGAGGAAGCCCCAGAGCGACUCGCCUUAUGGUGAGAGUACCUUUGAUCGCAUCCGCAAGCGCAACAUCGCCCUGCGUGAAGCAGAAGAAAAGCGCCAGGAAGAGGAAAGGAUAAAGCGUGAGCAUGAUGAGGCCUUGGGCAAUAUCGGAACAUUACAGACGGAUCAGGCGCAGCCCCGGGCCGUUAGCCCUUGGCGGCAGAAGCACACUGAGCGCGCUACUUCUGACCUCCAGGCACCGCCUGAGAUGAAGGUCUGGGAACGACUGCUCCCCAUGGUCGCCAUGACGGCCUUGAUCCUCGGGGGCUGUGCCGCCUUUGCCGUCAUGUACAAGCCUCCUCAACGCGACUGGAGGGUAUGGCCUGAAAUCCCGCCUGCUGCAGCAACAUGUCUGGGUCUGAUAAUGAUGAACAUGUCCAUCUGGAUGCUGUGGAAGUUCCCGCCAGCCUGGGCAGUUUUCAACCGAUAUAUGAUGGUAGUGGCAGCAACCCCGCGGCCACUGCAGCUCGUCGGCGCCAUAUUCUCACACCACGGAUUCGGCCACCUUACGGGCAAUAUGAUAGCACUCUUUUUCUUCGGCAUUCGGCUCCACGAUGAGAUCGGUCGUGGCAAUUUCCUAGCACUAUACUUCGCAUCGGGCGCGGUGGGUUUCCUGGCCAGUGUGAGCCACCUGGUGCUCAUACGCGGCCUCGAAUUCACGACGCUUGGCGCAUCAGGUGCGGUCUAUGGGUUGAUAGUCGCUUACUUCUGGAUGCAUAAAUACGACGAGUUCAAGAUCUUUGGCUUGCCACCCGACCCCAUGCAAGCGCCCCAGGGCCUGGCCUUUCUCGCCGUGCUCGUAGGUGUGCACAUUUUCGGCUUGUUCUCCAAGAGCGCUAGGGCGGCAAAGCUGGACCUCCCGUCCCAUUUGGGCGGGAUGCUGGCUGGGGGCGUGGGCAUCGAGAUGGUAAAGAGGCAUAUGGACGAAAAGGCUAGGGUCAGGGCCGAGAAGCUAAAGACUAUGGGCGUGCUGGAUAAGGCCAUGGACCACCGGCAGAAACCGAAACCGGAUACGCCGGAUAUUAUGGAUAAAGUUAUCGGGCUCAAGGAGCAUCCGAGGCCAUUCGGGUCUUAACGAGCCGUCGAAUGCUCGUGUUUCACAACUCUAUUAAACCAAGGUGUGGUAUGCUGGUAGCCGCUUGGAGGAGGGCCAGGUUUCCCGUAUUUUGAUACUAGACGUGUGCGAUACACGGGAGCGUUGUAUAAAGAGCUUAUAUAUGAAACUGACCUUGUGCAUUAGGUCCGGAAUGUUGAGUUGCUAGUCGACAUCGUUCCGAUGCCGAAGAAUAUCAGUGUUGUUGUGAACUGUGCCCUGGUGGUAAUCCGCAUAUUGCUUAUCCAGCUCCUGCUGGCCUGCUAGGGUCAUGAUACCGCCCAGCAUCUGGUAAGUCAAGGUCAGAUUCGGUGAAGCCGCACGUUGUACAGACUUGUGUACAGAUAAUAUAGCC